AAAACGUGUGAAAGUGCGUCUCCUUGUUAGAAGUGCAUUUACUCACGAGGCGUAGCAGCAAAAUAUUGAUUCAAAUCUCCAGACAUGCCUAUGAUUAAUUAACCUAGCGUGUGUGUCGUUAACUGUAUCAGAGAGAGCGCACGUCAGACAGAUGCCUGGCUCGGACUGAAAAAUGACAGGCUGGGGCUUGGAGUGAUGUGCCCGUUCAGUGCUCUACCACAUAGUUCCUGUACAGAGAAGCCCUUGUUUGAAGUUCUCCCUGAAGUGCUAAAGACCGCUCUCAUCCACGAUGGCCUCACCUGUUGUAUCUGUGAGCCUGCUAAGACCCUGGACAAGCGUUAAGCCCAUCUCUGCACCCAUGCAGGCAACUGAUGAGCCCACCUACGUCAAGCUGGUGGAGGCCCUCUGUGCUGAGCAUCAGAUCAACCUGAUAAAGGUUGAUAACGAGAAUCUCGGCGAGUUGGUCGGUCUGUGCAAGAUCGACCGUGAGGGCAAACCCAGCACGGUUUGGGUUGCAGCUGUUUCGUUGUCAAGCUACUAUGGCAAGGAGUCUCUAGCCAAGGAUGUGAUUAAGGAUUGGAUAGCAAUAAAAGCAAUACAAUGA